AUGGCUUCGACAUUCGACGUCACGACUCUUCGCAAGCACUUUCCCGCUCUGGACAAGAAGCAAGUGUACUUUGACAAUGCAGGUGGAAGUCAGGUCAUCAAGGAAGUGAUCGAUUCGGUAUCUGAAUACCUAUCUGGCACAAACGUGCAGUUGGGUGCUUCGUAUCCUAUCGCUCAGAAGUCGACGAACUUGUUUGCUGCAGGCAAGGAUGCAGUGGCCAAGUACAUCAAUGCUACUUCGAAUGAANUACUCGGUCCCUCGACAACUCAACUGUUCCGCAACCUCUCCCUGGCACUCUAUGAACAUCUUACACCCGGCUCAGAGAUCAUUCUCUCCAAGUUGGACCAUGAGGCGAACAUAGCUUCAUGGCUACAGAUGGCCGAGUGGAGAAACCUGACCGUCAAAUGGUGGGACGCACCCGACAAGCAGAACCCCAAGUUGGAAACUUCUGUCUUGAAGACUCUGCUCUCGGACAAGACAAAGUUGGUCUGCUGUACGCAUACAAGCAACAUCCUCGGUACCAUCAGCGAUAUCAAACAGAUUGCAAAGACCGUGCAUUCCGUACCCGGUGCUCUAUUGUGUGUAGAUGCGGUAGCUUAUGCGCCCCACAGACAGGUGGAUAUGCGAGAGUUGGACGUCGAUUUCUACUGCUUCUCAUGGUACAAGGUCUAUGGUCCGCAUAUUGCCAUGCUUUAUGCAAAGCAGUCGAGUCAAUCAAGUAUGAAGACACUAGGUCACUUCUUCAAGGGCUCGGCUUCGUUGGAAGAUAAGCUUGGACUCGCGGCUGCCAACUACGAACUCACUGCUUCCAUCCCUAAGGUAUGCGAGUAUCUAUCGCAGAUUCCUUGGGAGACAAUUGCUAGUCACGAGGAGAAGUUGCAAGGCAUUCUGAUCGAUUACCUCAACUCGAGGAGCGAUGUCAAGAUCUGGGGCGAGCCUGUUGCAGAUGCUGCAAAGCGCGUUCCUGUGAUCAGUUGGACUGUCGACGGACGCAGCAGUAAAGAUGUUGUUGAGGCGGUUGAGGCCAAGAGUGACUUUGGCUUCCGCUGGGGUGCUUUCUACUCGAACCGCCUGGUUCAAGAAGUCAUGGGCUUGGAUCCUGUGGACGGUGUCAUCAGAGUCAGUCUUGUGCACUAUAAUACUGAAGACGAGAUCAAGCAGUUUGUAAAGGUGUUGGAUGAGGUGCUCUCGAGCUAG